UAAAUUUAGACGAGCAACGAUUUGCGUUGAGAAAAAUCGCUAAAACGAGACAGAAAUUCACCAACCACAUGCAGUUGGGGGGUGGUGAAUUACAGUGGCCAUAAAUGCGAGACCUCAACCGUAUCAACACUCACCACCAUUAAUGCUUCCAACUAACAAUGCCAGCCCAAAGUCGCCUUUUACUUAUGUCCACCGCCGUAUUUUGACGCUCAAAUUCCCCAAUUCCUAUUUACAUUGCACCGAUUUUGUGCGUCUAGGGUUUAGUGAGAGUGGAUGUGGAGUUCGGCGGAGAAUUUGUCGGCGCGCUCGGAGUCGUUUAGGGAGGAUGGCGACGACGAGGAGGCGCUACGGUGGGCGGCGCUGGAGAGGCUGCCGACCUACCGCCGCGUCAGGCGCGGGAUUUUCCGCAAUAUGGUGGGCGAUUCGAAGGAGAUCAACGUAGAAGAGAUGCUCGCCGAGGAGCAGAGGAUCGUUCUCGGUCGCCUCGUUGAUUCGGUUGAUGAUGAUUGGGAGAAGUUCUUCUCCCGCGUACGACGUCGCUUUGAUAGAGUUGACCUGGACUUCCCAAAGGUUGAAGUUAGAUUUCACCAUUUGACAGUUGAAUCAUCUGUUCACAUUGGUAGUAGAGCUUUGCCUACAAUUUCAAAUUUUGUCAUCAACAUGGCUGAGGCUUUACUAAGGCAGCUAAAAAUAUAUUCCGGUGCCAGAAUGAAGCUGACAAUUUUAGAUGACAUUAGUGGAAUAAUUCGACCAGGAAGAUUAACGUUAUUAUUAGGUCCACCAAGCUCUGGAAAGAGUACUCUGCUCUUAGCAUUAGCUGGACAACUCAAAUCUGAUCUCAAGGUGUCAGGUAAAGUAACCUAUAACGGGCAUGGCCUUAAUGAGUUUGUGCCUCAAAGGACAUCUGCUUAUGUCAGUCAGCAAGAUUGGCAUGCUGCAGAGAUGACAGUAAGAGAAACACUUGACUUUUCAGCACGUUGUCAGGGUGUUGGUUCUAAAUAUGAUAUGCUUAUGGAACUUACAAGAAGGGAGAAGCUCUCUGGAACUAAACCCGAUGAAGAUCUUGACAUUUUCAUGAAGGCAUUAUCUUUGGUGGGGAAGGAUACAAACAUUUCAGUGGAGUAUAUUUUGAAGAUUUUAGGAUUGGACAUUUGUGCUGAUACCCUUGUUGGAGAUGAAAUGAUUAAAGGGAUCUCUGGUGGUCAGAAAAAGCGCCUGACAACAGGGGAAAUAUUAGUGGGUCCAUCAAGAGUGCUAUUCAUGGAUGAAAUAUCAAAUGGUCUUGAUAGUUCAACAACUUACCAAAUCAUCAAGUAUCUUAGGCAUUCAACUCAUGCACUUGAAGGAACUACUAUGAUUUCUCUGCUUCAACCAGCUCCUGAGACAUAUGAGUUAUUUGAUGAUGUUAUUCUCUUGUCCGAGGGGAAAAUAGUAUACCAAGGACCUCGUACAGCCGUUCUUCAAUUCUUUGCAUACAUGGGUUUCCAUUGUCCGGAGCGGAAAAAUGUGGCAGACUUCCUUCAAGAAGUUGUUUCGAGGAAGGAUCAAGAGCAGUAUUGGGCUUUACCUGAUCAGCCUUACAGAUAUAUAUCUGUUGUGAAAUUUUCUGAAGCUUUUAACUCAUAUAACCUUGGGAAGAAUUUAUCUGAUGAGAUGGAUAUCCCAUAUGAUAAGCGGUACAGCCACCCUGCAGCCUUAUCAACUUCGAGAUAUGGGAUAAAAAAGAUGGAUCUUCUGAGAACCAACUUUCACUGGCAGUUGCUGCUUAUGAAACGCAAUAUGUUCAUCUAUGUUUUCAAAUUUAUACAGCUUCUUUUGGUUGCUCUGAUUACCAUGAGCGUCUUUUGCCGGACUACAAUGAGCCAUGAUACAAUAGAUGAUGGAGGACUUUAUUUGGGAGAAUUGUAUUUUUCAAUGGUGAUAAUUCUUUUCAAUGGCUUCACUGAGGUUUCCAUGUUGGUAGCCAAGCUUCCGAUUAUUUACAAGCACAGGGACUUGCACUUAUACCCUUGUUGGGCGUAUACAAUGCCUGCAUGGCUCCUGAGCAUUCCAACAUCACUCAUAGAAUCUGGUUUCUGGGUGGCAGUAACAUACUUUGUGGUUGGUUUUGAUCCAAACAUUACCAGAUUCCUGCGCCAAUUUCUACUUUACUUCUUUCUCCAUCAAAUGUCUCUGUCUCUUUUCCGUUUGAUGGGUUCCUUGGGCCGUAGCAUGAUUGUGGCAAAUACUUUUGGAUCCUUUGCUAUGUUGAUAGUGAUGGCUCUUGGGGGCUACAUCAUAUCAAGAGAUAGGAUCCCUAAAUGGUGGAUCUGGGGAUAUUGGGUUUCUCCAUUGAUGUAUGCUCAAGAGGCUGCUAGUGUGAAUGAAUUCCUAGGUCAUUCCUGGGAUAAGAGAACUGGGGAUAAUUCAACAAUAGGCCUUGCACUGCUAAAAUCCCGCAGUUUGUUCCCAGAAAGUUACUGGUAUUGGAUUGGGAUAGGCGCUUUGACAGGCUACACCAUCUUAUUCAAUUCCCUUUUCACCUUUUUUCUCUCAAAGCUAAAUCCUCUGGGGAAACGUCAAGCUGUUGUAUCUAAGGAAGAGCUUGAUGACAGGGAGAAGAUGCGGAAAGGAGAACCUGUUGUUAUCCAGCUCAGAGACUUCUUACAGUACUCAGGGUCUUUUGCCAAGAAGAGCUUUAAAUCGAAAGGCAUGGUGCUCCCGUUUGAGCCACUUUCAAUGGCGUUCAGCAAUAUUAGUUACUAUGUGGAUGUACCCAUAGAACUGAAACAGGAGGGCAUAUCAGAAGAAAAGUUGCAAUUAUUGAAUAACAUUACAGGUGCAUUCAGGCCGGGUGUGCUAACUGCACUGGUUGGGGUUAGUGGUGCUGGAAAAACCACCCUUAUGGAUGUAUUAGCAGGUAGGAAGACAGGUGGAAUUAUAGAAGGAAACAUCAGUAUAUCCGGGUAUCCAAAGAAGCAAGAUACAUUUGCUAGAAUAUCAGGGUACUGUGAGCAAAAUGAUAUUCAUUCUCCCUGCUUAACCAUUCAUGAAUCACUUUUGUUCUCUGCUUGGCUGCGGUUGCCAUCUGAUAUUGACUUGGAAACCCAAAAGGCAUUUGUUGAUGAGGUUAUGCAGCUUGUGGAGCUCAUUCCUCUGAAAGGAGCCUUGGUAGGUCUACCAGGGGUUGAUGGAUUAUCAACUGAGCAACGAAAACGCCUUACUAUUGCCAUUGAACUUGUAGCCAACCCAUCUAUAGUGUUUAUGGAUGAACCCACAUCUGGGUUAGAUGCACGAGCUGCAGCAAUUGUCAUGAGGACUGUCAGGAAUAUCGUUAAUACGGGAAGAACAAUAGUUUGUACGAUUCAUCAACCCAGCAUCGACAUAUUUGAAUCCUUUGAUGAGCUUUUGUUAAUGAAGCGAGGAGGAGAGCUCAUUUAUGCUGGUCCACUUGGUUCGAAGUCUGCCAAACUGAUUGAGUAUUUUGAGGCAAUUGAUGGAGUCCCGAAGAUCAAGCCUGGAUAUAAUCCAUCUACAUGGAUGUUAGAGGUUACAUCAACAGUAGAGGAAACCCGGCUGGGAGUUGAUUUUGCUGAACUUUAUAGAAAAUCGGACCUAUAUCAGUUUAAUAAACGUUUGGUUGAGAGAUUAAGCAAGCCAACAGUUGACUCGAAAGAUCUUGAUUUUCCAACAAAGUAUUGCCGGUCACAUUUUGAUCAAUUUGCGGCUUGCCUCUGGAAGCAACACCUCUCUUACUGGCGAAACCCACAAUACACUGCAGUUCGGUUCUUCUACACAGUCAUAAUAUCACUGAUGCUGGGAACUAUUUGUUGGGACUUCGGUUCUAAAAGGGAAACACAGCAGGACAUUUUCAAUGCUAUGGGGUCGAUGUAUGCUGCAGUGCUGUUCAUUGGAAUUACAAACGCCACUGCUGUCCAACCAGUUGUUUCUGUUGAAAGAUUUGUUUCAUAUAGAGAGAGAGCAGCAGGAACAUAUUCAGCUUUGCCAUUUGCAUUCGCUCAGGUUGCCAUCGAGUUUCCCUAUGUACUGUCUCAGGCACUAAUUUACAGCACCAUUUUUUACUCAAUGGCCUCAUUCGAGUGGACAACCACAAAGUUUGUGUGGUACAUCUUUUUUAUGUACUUCACCAUGUUGUAUUUCACCUUCUACGGCAUGAUGACUACUGCGGUGACACCCAACCACAAUGUGGCCGCCAUCAUCGCUGCCCCUUUCUACAUGCUGUGGAAUCUCUUCAGCGGAUUCAUGAUUCCUCACAAGAGAAUUCCAGUGUGGUGGAGAUGGUAUUAUUGGGCAAACCCUGUGGCUUGGAGUCUAUACGGGCUCGUUGCUUCCCAGUUCUCUGAUAUUGAAGCACCAGUGAAACUCUCUGAUGGAGUCGGAACGAUGCCAACAAGGGCAUUGCUCAAGCAUGUAUUCGGGUUCAGACAUGAUUACAUCGGCAUUGCAGGAACCAUGGUGGCCGGUUUCUGCCUGCUAUUUGGCGUUAUUUUCGCCUUUGCCAUCAAAUCCUUCAACUUCCAGAGGAGGUGAUUUGCAGGAGGAGGAGUUGGUUGAUCAUGUCAUUACAUAUUAAAGAAAUGUAAAUUUUGUUACAAGAUGGUGCUGUAUCAUUGAUUUGCAUGCAUCUCCAAUAAAGUUUUACAUCAAACAAUAGAUUUGUUAAAGGUUGAGGAUAUACUUAGUGUGUGUUGGAGUAGCAUCUAAUAAACAUAGUAGAAUAGAGAGGUGCUAGACUCAUAAUUCGAGUGCAGACUUUUUUGUAUAAUCAACAUCGCUUAGUUGUUACUAUUAUUGUAUUUUUGUAUUAAUUAACUAUAUAUAUUUUGGUCCUAGAUAAGAGGCUUAAUUUCA